AUGGCUCAAUCCGCGGACACCCUUCCCAUCAUUAGACUUACCCCUCUCGAAUCGACAUUAAAAUCGCUCUUACUCGAUGUUGCGAAAUACAUACAUGAAAAGAAUGUUGCAGAAGGACGCCGCGAUGCGGAGCCCACGGUUCUGCGAUUUACCGGAGGAUGGGUGCGGGACAAGCUGUUAGGGGUGGGCAGUAAUGAUGUUGACGUCGGUAUUAACAAUAUGACGGGGUAUCAGUUUGGUUUGCUCCUCAAGGAGUAUAUGGAUAGACCAGAAAACUUGGAGAAGUACAGACAAGAGCAGCCCAAUGGAGAAUUGAAGCAUGCGAUUGCUAGCCUACAUAAAAUCGAGGCGAACCCAGAGAAGUCCAAACACCUGGAGACAGUCACAACAAGAAUAUUCGGCUUGGAUAUUGAUUUGGUGAAUCUACGGAAGGAGACUUACUCGGAAGAUAGCAGAAAUCCACAGAUGGAAUUUGGAACAGCCCAGGAAGACGCGAUGCGUCGCGAUGCGACGAUCAAUGCGCUUUUCUAUAACUUAAACGAAUCUAUAGUCGAGGAUUUCACUGGACGAGGGCUGGAGGAUAUGAAGAAGGAGAUUAUCCGUACCCCGAUGGAACCAUAUCAAACCUUUCAGGACGAUCCACUGCGUGUGCUACGCUUGAUUCGGUUUGCCAGCCGAUUGGGUUACAAUAUUGAAAGGGAGACCCAGGAGGCAAUGCGAAAUGAACUUAUUGGGGAGGCUCUCAAGCUGAAGAUCAGCAGAGAACGGGUGGGUAAGGAGAUAGAGAAGAUGCUUCAAGGUCCUGAUCCCCGCGGUGCACUGCAAUUCAUUGAUAGUCUUGGGCUGUACCCGACUAUCUUUGCCAAUCAUCAGGAUGAUGCGCAAGCAGAUACCUCAUCAUGGGCACUCGCAUACAAUGCGCUGGAGAAAAUCCUGAAAGACGAAACCAACGCAGCUACUGUGAAUGUUCGCCAAUUCCUCAUACGCGACAAACUCGAAUCAUACUACGCAUGGAUGAUUGCAGCAUUUGCUCCGUGGUCAAGUAUCCCGUCACGCGUUGCGAGGGGACCCAAGGCGAAACCUCUCCCGGCACGGACCGCAGAAGUAGCCCGAGACAGCCUGCGAGCUGAUAACAAAACAAUCGCCGUCAUCGGUGAUGCGGCACACAACUGGCAGGCCAUCACCGAUGUCAAGGACUCUGUCCUCGAGGGACGCAUGGAUGGAACUGCAGCAGAGGCGCGGCAGCAGGUCGGACUGCACAUUCGCUCGUGGAAGAAGGAUUGGAGGCUCUGCAUACUCCUUUCCAUUCUCCAAGAAAUUAUGCGUGGCGGCGAGUUUACUAGCGUGCUGCAAUCGUACGACCGGUUCCUCUCCUACAUCAAAGAGCAAGAUCUACAGGAUGCAUUUGAGCUGAAGCCCCUCGCCAACGGGGGAGAGAUUGUGAAGGCUCUUGGUUGCAAGACAGGUCCCUGGAUGUCGAAAGCUUUGGAUAUGUCGAUCAAAUGGCAGCUGUUGCACCCGGAGGUUACCGACAAGGAAAGGGUGCUGGAAGAGCUAUCCCUGGAAGACCUACGAACGGCGGCGCGUGAGUGCCUACGCCGCGGUGAUGCGCGCAUCCCAGACUCGAUGCUGGACAAGCUCGUCGUCCCUGGAGAAUUGGAGCGUUUAUGGGACACCGUCUCAGCCCACGAGGACACAGACAAUGCAGCUGCAUCUGAAAACCUGUUUCUUGCUCGGGAGUUCCUGAGACUUCGAAAUUCUGAGGAAUUAUCCGAGUCCGAUACCGCGGCAGCAAACCACAUCUAUGCCUGGGCGAGUCGGCAUGCCCUUCCAUCUGCAGUGUAUGCGGAAUCGAUUGAAGAGCCCAGUGAACAGAGGAAAGCUCUUAUGCAUGAAGAUAAGCUGAGAUCAUCACUAUCAAUAUCCGUGAUUGCAGCCUUGGGCUCUCUGUUUCCGAUGCAUAAAGCAGCAAAUGUGCCAAACAUCGUUCUCACACUGGCAAGCUUCACCUCCGAAGCCGACCCAUGGACGACAAACGAGUCACGCACAGCGUCAACUGCAAUUCUUGAGAGGUUUCGCACAACAUCACCCUCGACACCAGAUGCAUCGUUCUGGGUUGUCCUUGAAACCAUCCUCAAGGACAAAAUCCGACCUCUUUUCACAAGAACCAGAAAUCCUGCUAUCACAGCAGCAGGUCGCAAGGACAUGCACCCCAUCCCACUUCCUAGAUUUGAUACCAGCAUUCUUGACCCCGAGUCGAAACCAUGGCGAUCGUCAGACGUCUACGCGACGACCGUCUUUUCCUGGAUCGUAACACAAUAUCAGGCAAACGACAUCAGCCGUCUAGAAUCCCACUUCCCUCUCCUCGUCCCACCAAUUCUCGCCUUAAUUGACGAUGAGACCAACCCCCACAAAGCCGACGGCUGCACACUUCUCACCCACCUUUUACACCCCAUUCAGCAAGCCAAAUCAGAUAUACUUAAACGCACCAACCUCUCCUCUGUCUUCAUCGACGCCAUCAAACCCUGCCUCCUCUCCCUACCCACCAUAACCCCCGAGCCCGAUUCCAUCCGUCUCCUAGGCACAGCUUAUCCAACUCUCUUCUUACUUCUCAAAACUAGCUACUUACCAAAGGAUAAACAAACCUACACCGCCGAGCUAACGAAAGUCCUUCGCGAGAACCUCAUCUCCUCCUUCCACCACAUUAGCACCAUGACUCCCUCCAGUGGGACGCAAUCUACACUAUCCUCGUUCCCGCAUCCGAGAUUAUCUAGUCUUUUGUUGAACAAAAUACACGACAUUCUCUUCGAUCUCGCGGUUCACACAACAAAAUACCUACAGGAAAUAAUUCCGCUCAUCUACAGUACACUGUCUAAUCCCUUCGGGACAGCUUAUCCACCUCUUCUAUUGGCGGGAGUGGCUGUUACCAGAGCUGUGAUUCUGAAUGCACACCCGAGGAUUUGGCGAUGGAGAGGAGAGAUUCUGGGUGCCGCGGCGGCAUGCUGGGUCAAUGUGGUGGAUGAAGAGGUCGCAGAGCGAGGGAAAGAGGGCAAAAAGGAAGAUUUGACUAAACUGAAGAUGCAGCUAAAGGGCGUGGUCUAUUUGCUGAGAAUGGCUUUGCAGAACCCAGAUGAGGAGGUUGCUGAGGAUGAAGGGGCGGUUGAAGCGAAGGAGGGAUUCGCGAAGGAGAUGGAACAGUUGGUUGGUGCUGAUGAGGCAUUGAGGGAAUUGCUGCUUGGGAAAGUAGAUGGGAAGGAUGGAAGAUAUUUCGGUGCUUGA